AAUUGAACGGUUUAGGAGCCCAAUGCCUAAAGAAUCCUGCUUAAUAAAAACCAAUAUGGCAAUAACAGCACGCCACUUAAAGUCUUCGACUUUCCUCCAAAAAACAAAGGCAAUGGUCUCCGACGUGGCUGACUCGUAUUUGUCAAUUAGCAAAAGCCAUCGUGAUUUUGUGGUGCUGAGCUGUACUCGGAAUACUCCCUAAUUACCGGCAAAACUAAUUAAAGACGGACUUGAAAUCUAAUUAUGUUAAACGAUCAAUGAAUUUUAGUGGAAACUUGAAAUCCGCCAAGCGACGGCCCUCUAUAAAACACCGGUCCCCUUGAGGACAAUUUACGCGUUUUCCUGUUGGCGUAACCGCGAAGCAUCCCAAGCGUUGCAAUAUUUUCUUUUUUCCUUCUAUUUCCUGCUUCGAAGAAGUAACUUCGAAAACCCUAACCCUAGCCCGGGCUUCACCCAAAGUCUUGAAUUCGUUUCGCUAUCCUCAUCGAAGUUCCUCGUUUAAUUGCUCUUUUCCACCCAAAGUCUUGAAUUCGUUUUGCUUUCCUCAUCAAAGUUCCUCGUUUAAUUUCUUUUCAAAAUCCAUGGCGGUUAAACCUCUUACAAGUGAAGCAAUCGCUCUUACGGAAAAGAAAAUGGACAUGACAUUGGAUGAUAUCAUUAAAAUGUCGAAAACCCCUUCAAAUAAAACCAAUAAGCAGCGAUGGGCACCUAAUAAAAGUCAGAAACCUGUGAGUAAUGCUGCUAAAGACAAGGCUUUGAAGGUGCCGCAGUAUAUGGACUCACGGUCCUUUCUUAGACAGGGGGUUCUAGCUCAAAGAAGGUCAAAUUUCCAGGGGAACCGGUUCCCUUUGGCAGCUGAGGCUGCACGUAGGGCUCCAGUUGCCCCAUUUCGAGUUAGAGCUUUUAAUGGUGGUAGGGUGGCUAAUUUGAACAAACCAAGGAUUGGGGCACCACCUGUCCAAAAGAGGGCUAUGAAUGGAGCUUUUGCAACCAAGCCACAGCUGCAGCAGCAGCAGGAUCAACAAGGAAAUAUAGCAACAAAGCAAAGGCCUCAAACACUGGAUUCCCUGUUUGCCAAUAUGAAGGAACAGCGAAUGAGGGUAUUGUCACGUCAGACCAAUGCUGUACAACGUAAUGGUGGUGGUCGACAAAGAAUGCCAUGGGGAAGAGGCCGAUUUGGCAACUAAAGGGUGUGAGAUGUAUUCCAUGUGCUGUAGGACAAGCUUUUUACCUUAUUCUAUUUUGUCAUUUCUUCCUACGUGGAUGAGAAGCCAAGAGGGUUGAUACUGGCUGUUUGUUUUUCACUUUUGCUAUCAAUAUCAACUUGCUCUUUCAAA